GCAACGGAGAUACGAACCGGACUGCACUCACACUUACAGAUCUACGAGAGGAGUGUAUAAACAAUAUAAACACUCCUAUUCCCCACCGCCCCUGUCCUCAAACUAUCACAUCCGCCUCGACUCCUUACCUAAUCAUCCCCUUCAUCUACCCCCGAUACCCGAUGACGGCACCACCCGACCCCCCGCUGAGCCCGCUCCGACGCCUCGCCCACGGCGCGCUGCGCGAGUCCGGGCUGGGGUCGGUGUACUCUGCCGGCCUCGACGCGGGGCUGAUCAUAGCCUGCCGAACGAGCCGUAUGUUUGCCUACGGCGCGAGCUCACUCAUCCUCGCCCUGUUCUUCUCCGAACUCGGCGUUACUGACUCCCGCAUCGGGCUGUUCAUGACGCUCACGCUAGCCGGUGACGUUGCGCUCUCCCUGCUGCUCACGCUGACCGCCGACCGGGUCGUGGGGCGGCGGCGCACGCUGCUUCUGGGCGCGCUGAUGAUGAUGGCGUCGGGGGCGACGUUUGCGCUGUCGGAGAAUUUCUGGGUCUUGUUGGCGGCCGCCGUGGUUGGAGUUAUCAGCGCCACAGGGGGGGAUUUCGGCCCUUUCCGCGCCGUGGAGCAGUCUAUUCUCUCGGAGCUAACCAGGCCGGCGACACGGUCUGAUGUAUUGGUGUGGUAUGUCACCAUGUCGAGUCUGGGGUCGUGCAUCGGGACGGAGCUGUCGGGGCGAAUUAUUGAGUGGCUCCGCGCGCGGGACGGCUGGACGCUCCUGGAUGCGUAUCACGGGUGUUUUUGGCUGUACACGGCCAUGGGAGCAGUUAAUGUUGCGUGCAACAUGCUGCUGUCGAAAAGAUGCGAGUUGAGGAGCGUCCAGCAACAGCGAGAACAACAACAGCAACAACAACAGCAACAGCAACAGCAACAACAACAAGAUGCACCCCAGGCUCACAGCAGCGAUGAGACGGAGCCGCUGCUCCAGGGGCAUCAAACAACAUCCCAUUAUGGCGACGAUUCUCAGCCAGCCGACAACACCCCAAAGACCGCCAACUCUCCCCCAUCGCAGAGCAGCUGGGUCCCCCAAAUAUCCCACGACACCCUCGCCAUCAUGACCCUCCUCUGGCUCCUUCUAAUGACCGACUCCCUCGCCGACGGGAUGUCCUCCAUGUCCCUCACCUCGUACUACCUCGACAGCAAAUUCUCCCUCCCCAAAUCCUCGUUAGGCGACAUCCUCUCCAUCGCCUACUUCCUCGCCUCGUGCUCCGCCAUCUUCGCUGGUCCACUCGCACGCUACAUCGGUCUCGUCAACACCAUGGUGUUCACACACAUCCCUUCCUCAGCCGCUGUCCUUCUAUUCCCCUUUGCGCAGAGCAUCCCGGCCACGAUCGCCCUGCUCCUGGUGCGGGUCGGGCUAAAUAACAUGGACCAGGCCCCGCGCGCGGCGCUGAUUGCGGCUGUUGUGCGCCCUGAGGAGAGGACGGCGGCAAUGGGGAUUACGGGGAUGCUAAGGACGCUGGCGUCGACGACGGGGCCGAGUAUUACGGGUGUUUUGGCGGAUGCUGGGCUGUUUUGGGUUGCGUUUGUUGUGGCUGGGGCGUUGCGGCUGGCGUAUGACUUUGGGGUGUUUGCCAUGUUUGUUAAUAUCAAGCUGCACAGGCAUGAGCAGACUGAUGAGGCCGAGGGUGGUGAAUCAGGAGCAAGCGAGAGGAGAGCAUCAGCCGAUGGGGAGAAUGUAUGAUGAGUCCAAGGUGGGAUGCAGUUAUUGCACAGUACAAAAUAAAAGGGCGGAAUUACAGCAUACAAAAAUGGAGGUCGGGUUUGGUAUGGUACAUAUUUUCAGAUUGCAUUCUGGUAGAAAAAAAAUAAUCACCAAUAAUGCCAUCAAUGCUCCCAGAAG